AUGACUAAGCAAAACGCAGAUUUUCAAUAUUAAAAGUUCUAAAAAAAAUUUUUAUUCCUAACAAUAGUAUACUAUUUGAUUAAUGUACUAAAUAUAUUUUUGGCUGCUGUUAUUAUUGAAGAGAGUAUAGGAUAUUCUAUCUCUUUUUUGGUACUAUUUGGCAUUGAAAAGUUGAUAAUGAUAUUUAUAUUAUAUGAUGGAGUUUAAGGAAAGAAAACAAAAUUGUGGCUUCUAGAUUUAUUUUAAUUAGGUUUUCUUUAUUUUUUAAAAUUCAAAGGGUUUUCAAUUUAAGACUUUGAAAAAAUUAUGAUUGAGGUUUUAGGUGUAAGAGUAAUCCCUGUUCUCCUAACUUAACUCAUAUUUUAUUUUGGAUGUGGAUUUUUAUAAUAUAGCAAAUUAUCAGAUUAUAUCAUUCUGUUAAGCUAUGUUAACUUUUUAGCUUUAUUUGUAUAUGCUAUUACUAUAAUAAGCAUGCUAGCUUAUAAUGAGCAAAGAUAAAGUUUGAAAAAGGUAUUCUUUUCUUGUUUAAUCACUCUAGGAUGUUAUUAUUUAAUGAUAGGCUCUCUCAGCUAAUUUAAUGAUAUGUCUGGAAUGAAUUUAGGUUACUAUGCCUUCAUUCUUUGCUCAAUCAACUUUGUAUUUUUCUUGAUAUUUUCACCUCCAAUUUAAGAUCUUACCAUAUUUUUAGGAGAAACUCUUUUUUAUAUAUUUUAAUGUUGUGUUACAAACAAUACUUUAAGCUAUGAGCGAGUUUAUGCUCAUUAAUUUUCAUGCUCUGUUUAAAACUCUACUGUUAUUAGUUAUUAUUCUUCAAUAAUAAAGAUAGGAUUAUUAUGUACCUUUGGUUAUAGGGAAGUAUGGGAUAUUUUAACAAGCAACUCCCUUUAUAAUGCUAGCAAGAUGGUGAUGGCUAUAAAUGCAAUUAUGGCUGUCGCUCUAAACAUAAUAUAUUUAAUAUAUUUUUUUAAAUAUAUUGUAAACUAAAUCUUGCAAUUAAAGAAAAUCGUCAUAUCUAAAAUCAAAGAUUUUGAUAAAGCUUAUAUAAUUAUGAAUAAAAAACAUAAAUACUUGAAGGUACUCUAUAUAUGCAUAUGCAUUAAAUAAAAAGCUGUUGAUCCUAUUCAAAGACAAUUAAUAGUUGAGAAUUUUUGUUCUGUUGAAUGCAGUAAAUUUUUUGAGUUAUAUCAAAGCUAUUCAAAUUGCAUUAAGUAAGGGUUACAGAUAGAAUUUUAAAAAGAAAAAUUUGAAACUUGCAAUUGUUUCGUGCUCAAAUUGGCUCAGGAAGUAGAAUUUUUGCAUAAUAGCUUAACAAAGCAAAUAACUAAAUUCUUAGAUUCCUAGCCAAAUAAGUAGUAUUUCUUCUUUUAGACUUUAUUCCUCAGAUAAAUGAAUGGGCUAGGAGAGUCAGUUUUCUCUUAAUAGUUAAAAAAUUAACAUCAUUAAGGCAUCAUUCAAGUUCAAAGAAAGAUAUAAAAAUUAUAGUCUGAGUUCUUGUAAGUGAUUGCUUUUUUAAAUAACUACCAGGAAUAUAUGCUUUACUUUCCUUCAAGAAUAUUGUAUGAUCUUUAUGAAUGA